CGCCGCCCCGCUCCCGCCAGCCGCUUGUGCGCUGCCCCCCGGCCCCGGCGAGCCCGGGAGGGAGGCGCGGCUCCGCUCCACACGUGUGCCGGCUCUUACCCACUCCUGCUAUAAGGGCAGGAGAGCGAGUGCCGGGGCUGGCGAGGCGCGGGGCUCGGCGGGGAGCGGCGCAGGAAGGCAGCGGGCCAGGCGGGGCGGCCGCAGCUGCUUCCCGCGCCUGACAGCUGCGGGCACGGCGGGAGCGGCCGCACCUCCCCGGCCCGCCCGGGGCAGGCAGGCAAGGCCAGCCCUCGCCUGACGGCACAUGGCAGCGGAGCGCUCGGCUGCGCCGCAGGUUAGCUAGGGCCGGGCUCUGGCCAGCGCAUCCAGGCUCUCUAGGUCCGCCGAGCUACCGCAGGGAUUAAAAUGCAGCUGGCCGCCUGCUUCUUUUUGGGCUGCGGCAUACUCUUAGCUUCAGGAUACAACUCCUUCAGUAAGAGCAUGGAGACGAUAGGCAAGAAGCAGUACCAGGUUCAGCACGGGUCGUGCAGCUACACCUUCCUCCUGCCCGAGGCGGACAACUGCCGCUCCUCCGCUCCGUACGUGUCCAACGCGGUGCAAAGGGACGCACCUCUGGACUAUGAUGAUUCAGUUCAAAGACUGCAGCUACUUGAGAACAUCAUGGAAAACAACACUCAGUGGCUAAUGAAGCUUGAGAAUUACAUCCAAGACAGUAUGAAGAAAGAAAUGGUAGAGAUCCAGCAAACUGCAGUGCAGAACCAGACUGCAGUAAUGAUUGAAAUAGGCACUAACUUGCUAAAUCAAACAGCUGAACAGACCCGCAAAUUAACAGAUGUUGAAGCACAAGUAUUAAACCAGACAACCCGACUUGAACUUCAGCUUUUGGAACACUCUCUUUCAACAAACAAACUAGAAAGACAGAUUUCAGAUCAGACCAAUGAGAUAACUAAAUUACAAGAAAAAAACAGCUUUUUAGAAAAAAGAGUUCUUGAGAUGGAAGACAAGCACAUGCUUCAGCUGAAGUCAAUAAAAGAUGAAAAAGAUCAGCUUCAAGUCCUAGUAGCCAGACAGAAUUCUAUUAUAGAAGAACUAGAAAAACAGUUAGUUACAGCUACAGUAAACAACUCAGUUCUGCAAAAACAGCAACAUGAUCUGAUGGAGACGGUUCAUAGCUUGCUUACUAUGAUAUCGACACCAAACUCUAAGAGCAAAUUCAUAGCCAAAGAAGAGCAAAUCAGCUUCAAAGACUGUGCUGAAGCUUUCAAAUCUGGACUGACAACAAGUGGAAUCUACACUUUAACAGUUUCAAACACUGCACAAGAGAAGAAGGCCUACUGUGACAUGGAAACUGGUGGAGGAGGUUGGACAGUUAUUCAGAAACGAGAAGAUGGCAGUGUGGACUUCCACCGGACGUGGAAGGAGUAUAAGAUGGGAUUUGGUGAUCCUGCUGGGGAGUACUGGCUGGGAAAUGAGUUUGUUUCUCAACUGACUAAUCAGAAGCGUUAUGUUCUUAAAAUACAACUGAAAGACUGGGAAGGAAAUGAGGCAUAUUCAUUGUAUGACCACUUCUCUCUAGCAAGUGAAGAACAAAAAUACAGGAUUUACCUUAAAGGACUUACUGGGACAGCGGGCAAAAUAAGUAGUAUAAGCCAACCAGGAAAUGAUUUUAGCACAAAGGAUGCAGACAAUGACAAAUGUAUUUGCAAAUGUUCACAAAUGCUAACAGGAGGAUGGUGGUUUGACGCAUGUGGUCCUUCUAACCUCAAUGGAAUGUAUUAUCCAUUACGACAGAACAACAACAAGUUUAAUGGGAUCAAGUGGUACUACUGGAAGGGCUCAGGAUACUCUCUCAAAGCUACGAUGAUGAUGAUUCGACCAGCAGAUUUCUAAAUGCUUUGUCAUUAUGUGAAUUAUGUAUUGUAUAGUCUUCAAAGACUUAUUUUACCAAGCAACUUGUCUCAUUUUUUCAAGCCCAGAAAUAUGCACUAGUGUUCUGAAGGGGUCAGUACAGUACAGUUCCUGAAUUGCAAUUGUCUUGAUCAGCUAAAGCUCAUAUUAUUCAACCAGACACAAUGUCUAAAGCAUCGACCUGAUAUAACAGUGAUUUGGCCAAUUGGCUCAAUAAAAAGAACAUCCAAGAAACCGUCAGACAACUUCAAGGACUCUGUUUUACUGAUCAUUUAUGUUAUGUAUGUGUUAGUAAAUAACUGGAACUGUGAAAAAAACCCUAAAAUAGUUUUAGGAAUAUGCAUUUCGCCUCACCACUGAACUUUAAACAUUAAUAUAAAACACUUAGCUAGUUCUAGCUUAGUUCUGGCUAGAUCUAGAACUAUUUAUCGUUCUGUGUCAUGUGUGCCCUAUAUGUACAUAAAAAAAAUAAAAAUCUUUUCUGUAAUUAGCUCAAUACUAUAGUUAGGGAACACAUUCUUUUCCCCCAUAGUCUCCUAAACAACUUUUUACUCUUAUUUGAGGAUUUUUUCCAGUAGCCUAUAUGACUAUGUUUAACAGAGGACAAAUAGCAUUUAAAUAGUGUGCAUUUAUUCUUGGGAAAUACCAUUUACAAAAGUCAUAAUUUUUUCAGUCUGUUUCAGUCACUGUCUUUAAAUUAUAGAAAAUCCCUAUGGAUUACAAAACAGCAUGUAUUCCUAUACAUUUUUAUGAAGAUUGCACUUUUUUUUCCUUCCCUUGUCAUUUACCUGUAAAAUAACUGACCAGUAUUUUGUAAACUGAGACAACGGCAUUAACACCAGAUGUCCGGUUGUCUGUGACAAUCAUGUAUCACCUGGUGAUGUAAUAUAACUAUAUGUUUUGUAAAAAUAACCUGACUGAAAAACAUAUGCAUGUUCUUUGAUACAAUUAAAUUUAUGCUUAUGACUUAAGAUAUAAAUUACUACAUUUUAAGAACAGGAAGAAAAAUAAUCUGAAAAUUAUCUAAGGUCACGCUAUGGUUUUUUUUCAGUAAGGUUAAGACUUCUCCUUAAAAAUUCUCUGUAAGUAGGCCCUCAAUGUACACCACAAUGUGAAUAAAUUACUCAACUGGGUGAUCUUUCCUUUUUUUUUCUUUCCCUUCAUUUUAUUACUAUAUGCUUUAAAAUUGCAAAUCAGAUUGAGAAGAUAUUUCUUCAUACAUCACAAUAAUUUAGUAGAGGUUUUUUCCAAAUUAAGUUUAGUUUUUAGUUCUCAUGCUUAUUCUUUGCCUAAUAUUUUUAUAAAACUUUGAUUUCAGCAGAUGACUGAAUUAGUUACAAUGCAAGAACUUAACCCAAAACAAAACAAAAACCCCAGACAUAUUUCCAGAAGAUAACUUAACAAAAGGUGUUUUAAGGGCAACAAGGCUUGUGAAAGGCCUAGAAAAAAUAUUGUACAAGGAGGGGUGAGGGAUCUGGGGUUGUUUAGAUGGAGGAGGCUCAGCAGGGACCUCAUCACUCCCUACAAUCACCUGAAAGGAGGUUGCACUGAGGUGGGGUCUGAUCUCUCUUGUACACUGCUGGCAGUGACAGGCCCAGAAGAAACAGCCUUAAGAUUAGUCAGGGCAGAUUCAGAUUAGAUAUUAGAAAAAAAAUUUCAGUGUUACAGUGGUCAGGCAUUGGAACAGGUUGCCCAGAGAGGUCGUGGAGUCACUAUCCCUAGAGGUGUUCAAGAGGCAUCUGGAUCUGGUGGGUGAUGCUGUUUACAGGUUACAGGGGAAGUGCUGAGUGGACAGUUGGACUGGAUGAUCCUGUAGGUCUCUGCCAACCUGAUGAUUCUAUGUUUCUAUCUUGAAAAUAGUAAGUGGUUUUGAGAAAGAUUGAAGAAAUCUCUCCAUUUCAAACUGACAAUCAUUAAAGCUGCUAUCAGAGUACCCCACCACUCACACUACCACCAUUCUUCUUCACUGAAA